CGCUUUAGUCUGUAAGUUAACACGGCGAGUGCGAUCGCAGGAAAGAGCCGAGAAAAGCGUGAAGCGGUGCCCAAGCCUAGAUGUUAACUGUUCGGUGGAUCGGACCCGAAUGCGAGCGAGUUUUGAGAUCGGUCCAUGGCAGACCAUAAAAAGUGAGAGAUCUUAGAGACCCCCCAAAAAAAAAACCACUCCAAUUCUCUCAAUCUCCCUCUCUCUGCGAAAGCGGAAAGAAAGUGAAUUGAGCGCAGAUCUCGGUGAUUACUUAAUCCGCGAAGGCGAACACGACCAGGCAUCGAACCCUGGCUCCAAAUAUUUCGAAGGCGCAAAUUAAUGGCCCUAACUUAAAGACCUCUCCCCGCCCCUCGAGCGUUGACAGUUGGGCGGAGAAAACCAAAGUAUUUGAAUAUUAAAACAAAAGACUACUACCGAUCUAGCCCGCAGAUCGAAGAGAUACCCGCGACAUUUCCCCUCAUAUUUUUUUGAUAAUUUAGAAAGCGAUGCUGCAUACCAAAUAAGCUAGAUCUAGAGAGACCCUCGAAACGACCAACAUCGGUCAGUUGGCUUUCAGUUACAGCUCGAGAUCGGAGGUUACACCAUAGCCUCGACUUUCUUUCCCCCGGUUUUCGGUUUCGUGCAUUCGAGAGAUCUCACAAAGUGCACUUGCAACUUUUACUGGUGUCUAAGAUUCGCGGGAAAAGUAUAAAAUCGGUGAUAAUGUUACGCCCCACGCUCAUCAUAGUGCUCAUUUCGUUGGCCAGUGUCGAUUCCGGCCACAAUACACCCCCAACCAAAAUACCGGUGGCAGUACCCAUCAGCAAUGUACCACACGGUUUCCAUCUUAGCCAAAACAAUCACAACAGCAGCAGCGAUAUUAGCCAACUGGGAGGAGGAAAUGUUCCGACUGAGGCCGAGCACUUCGCCAAUGGCCGUGAUAAGAGAGGCACUCAACUGGAUCAGAGUGAGAUAGCCCGCCAGAAUCAGAUAACACAGCAGAUAUUUGCCAACUAUUUGGAGCGCCGCCUGUUUCCCAAUCGCACGGCCAACCAGAAGAUUCCCACUAUCGCAGAUAUUUUGCCCAAACCAAAACCAUCGCCUAGGCCACGUCCUCGAGGAUUUGCGGCCAAUGAUGGGGGAAAUUUUAAGAGGAGCGGUGGUGGAGCUCAGAGGAAUCGCCUGGCAGCUGCGGCCUCCAAAAGGCGAUCCGGCUACAACCGCAAGCGACCCCAGAAGGAACAGGAACCGGAAGAGGAGGAGGACCAGGAGGAGGAUCGGGAUCAGCAACCCCAAGCCAACCAGGAGGACUUCGACUACGAUGUGCAGGAAUCCCUGCAGAGCGUGGAGUCGGAGCAACAUGAUCAGUACUAUGGCAACAUAUUCCAUCGUGACCCCAGCGAAAACGAAGUCGAUAAUGACUGCCCCAACUGCGUGGACGAGUCGCAGUACACGCCGAACAAAUGGACGAUGCCGCUGCUGAAGCUCGGGGAGAAGCGGUACUACCUCGGCAUCUUCUUCAAGGCAAACUGGUUCAAAGCCACACAAUAUUGCCGAUACCACGGCAUGCAUCUGGCCAGCAUUUCAUCACAGGAAGAGAACGAUAGACUGGAGAAGCACAUACGUGACUUUGGCCUGGGCCACGAACAUUUCUGGAUUUCCGGCACAGAUCUGGCCGAUGAGGGCAACUUCUUCUGGAUGGCCACCGGGCGACCCAUCACAUUCACCAACUGGAACGCCGGCGAGCCCAACAAUUUCCGGUACGAGAACGGCGAGGAGGAGAACUGUUUGGAGCUGUGGAACCGCGAUGGCAAGGGACUCAAGUGGAACGACUCGCCCUGCAGCUUCGAGACCUACUUCGUCUGCGAGGUGCAGCCCAAUUAAGAGGAUAGCCCAGUAUCCGCACUCCAUAUCCGCACUCCAUAUCAGAUAGUGAUUAACUAGUUGGGCUGAACUGCGGUUAGCCGCAGUGAAAGUGAAAAUGUGAAUGUGAAUGUCGAGCAAUGACAGCUGUACGAUCUAAAUACGCGUAUUCUUAGCUUAGUUGCGUAAGUGUAAAAAAUUCUUGUUGAUAAUUAGCUAGUAAGCCUAAUUAAAUUAUGCCUAGGAUUGCCUGUACUUUCUCAUGUAAAAUAUGAAUAAAAUGUAUCAUAAAAAUAUUA